AUAAUCACAAGUCACUCCCAUUUUACCUUCCUUUUCUUUAAAGAAAACGGAGCUAAUCCACCAAAAAGAUAAAGGUAAAAAGCAGCUUGAAGAAUGAUAGGUAGGUAACAUAAUAGCUUCCAUCAGCCCAUAAUGAAUCCUUGUCUUAUGCACUCAACAUCAAUCUCACUCUUUCCUCUUUUCCCACUCUACCCUCAUAUUCUUGCACCCCCAGCUUUACCUCAUUUCUCAUUUCUGUGUCAGUGUUUGUGUCUGUGUCUCAGUUUGUGUACUUUGUGAGUGUAUGUUUCUGUGUGUGUUUUUUCACACCAGUCCUUGUAGUAGUCUAGACAAAUCUUGAUUGUGAUGGAAUCUCAGAAGCUGCAUUCAUGUUUCAUCAUCUUUGUCAUCAUUUUCAGUUUAAGUCUUAAAGACUGCACAGCUUGGAAUCCCUUCAAAAUCUUCAAAAAACACAAAACCAGGCAGCCCUUGCCUGUCCAAUCCAUCUUCAAGCUUCCUUCUCCGCCUCCUCCCUGGCCUUCUGGUCAAGGUUUUGCCAAUGGAACUAUUGAUCUAGGAGGACUCCUGGUGUCUCAGAUAUCGUCUUUUAGUAAAGUCUGGGCCGCGCUUGAGGGCGGACCAGAUAAUCGUGGUGCUACAUUUUAUGAACCAUCUUUGAUUCCAGAAGGGUUUUUUAUGCUUGGGAGCUAUAGUCAGCCAAACAACCGACCUCUUUUUGGAUGGGUUUUAGUCGCUAAAGAUGUGACAAACAAUGCAUCACAAGGGGCUUUAGCUUUACCGACUAAUUACACUCUUGUUUGGAGUAGUGAGUCGCGAGACAUUAAGCAAGAUGGAGUUGGCUACAUUUGGUUGCCUACACCGCCACAAGGUUAUAAUCCUAUUGGCCAUGUUGUUACCAAUUCAUCCGAGAGGCCUCCCCUUGACAUGAUCCGUUGUGUGCGAUCUGAUCUUACUGCAUUGAUUGAAAUUGAGGGCUUGAUUUGGCGACCAGAUAAUGGAUUGAAUGUAUAUACUUCAAGGCCAGCAGCCAGAGGAAGCAACGACUCGAGUGUCCCAGCUGGAACAUUUGUGGUACAAACUGAUGGAGUUGCGUUAUCUUUAUCUUGUUUAAAGAAUGUCAGGAAUAGUUUAUCAGCUAUGCCAAAUGUGAGCCAAAUUCAAGAAUUGGUUAGAGCUUAUUCUCCGAUGCUGUACUUUCAUCCUGACGAACAGUUUCUGCCCUCUUCAGUGAGCUGGUUUUUUCAAAAUGGGGCAUUAUUGUAUACUAAAGGCAACGAAUCUAAUCCGGUUGCUAUUGAUCCUACGGGCUCUAAUCUCCCCCUAAAUGGAACAGACGAUGGCGCAUAUUGGCUAGACCUUCCCAUCAAUCAAACAAUCCGCGACAGCCUUAAGAAAGGUAAUUUGCAAAAUGCUGAGGCAUAUCUACAUGUUAAACCUAGGCUUGGUGCCACAUUUACUGACAUAGUAGUUUGGAUAUUUUAUCCGUUUAAUGGAGCCGCAAAGGCUAAAGUCGAGGUUUUUCAUAACGUCCGCUUGGGGAAAAUUGGAGAACAUGUUGGUGAUUGGGAACAUGUGACAUUGCGGAUCAGCAAUUUUGAUGGGGAGUUAAAAACUGUCUAUUUUUCGCAACAUAAUAGCGGAACUUGGGUGAGUUCCUCAGACCUUGAGUUUGGAAAUGGUAGCAAGCCUAUUGUUUAUGUGUCAUUGCACGGCCACGCUGCAUUUCCGCACCCCGGCCUUGUCCUGGAAGGGACUGAUGAAGUUGGGAUACGAAAUGAUAUGGCGAAAGGUGACAGUGUAAUGGAUGCCGGGGCAACGUUUUCUGUAGUUAACGCGGAGUACUUAGGUACAUCAACCAUUGUUGAACCAUCAUGGCUAAAUUAUGCUGGACAAUGGGGACCAAAUGUUACUUAUGAUAUUGAUACAGAGCUGACUAGUGUUAUGGAGUUGUUGCCAGGAGACUUGGAAAGUGAAUUCAAGAAGAUUUUGAAAGAUAUCCCUCAUGAGGUAUUAGGUGAAGAAGGGCCUGUUGGUCCCAAAAUGAAAGAUAAUUGGAAUGGUGAUGAAAGGGUUUGACAAGUUUCUUGCUUUUAAGUGCUUCAUGCAUAUUAGUUCAACUAAUUUGUUGCUUUAGCCAUUGACAAAACUGAGAUUAGCAAUAAUCUCAAGUAAUGUAGAGAUCUUUUAUUAGAAAAACAUGUCCACUGUAAAAAUUGGUUAGAAACUUGAUCAAUUUUCUUUAAAUAGACUGGCAACCAAUUCCUAAUU